AUGGCGCGUCGUCGCGACGACCCGUAUGCCCAAGACGGCUAUUACGGUCGCAACCCGCCCUACUGGGACGCCGCCGACGCUGGACCCGCGGGGCCGCCUCCGCGUCGCAGCAAAUCGGAGCGUCACCGCGGCCCACCCCCUGACUUCGACGACAGAGGCGCCGCCGCCGCGGCCCGCAGAUAUCGCGGUGGCGAAGACGACUAUGCACCUCGUGGCCCUUCUCACCGCCAAAAUGAACCGCGCCGCGCCCGUUCUCCCCCGCCGUCCUACCGCUACGAGGACCGCCGCGGUGGAGAUCCACGCCGCGAUCCCAGAGACCACAGAGACGCGAGAGAUCCCAAAGACACGAAAGAUGGCAGAAAUGCGAGAGAUGUAAGGGACCCGCGCCCCUCCCGCCACGAUCGGGAUUACCACCCUCCCCGUGGUGGCGACCGCUACGACGACGACCCCCGCCGUCACCAACGUAGCAAGACGGCAGAAGACCCUGGCCGCUACAGACGCUCUUCGCCAGACCACAAGAGCAGAGAGUACCCCGCACGCGAUGACCGAGACCGAGACCGAGACCGCCACGGAGGCUACACCAAGAGCCGUGGCCGCGACGACCCAUCACCUCCCCACGGCAGCCGCACCAAGACGCGCGACCUGGCCGACGCUCCGGACCGCGACCGUUACGCCGGCCACAGCAGCAGCUCGCGCUCCCACGGCAAGGUCAAGCACUCAAGCAAGGAUAUCACCGCCGCAGAGCCGCCCCGCGGCCGCGAAAAGCAUGUGAGCAGCGGUGGCGCUGCCGCCGCUCCGAAGGGCUUUGGCGCCAAGGUUCGCAGCUCGACCAUGCCCGCCGCGCAGACGGCAGCCAAGUGGUGGCAGAACCCGCUCGUGCAGGCCGGCGCUCGCACUGCGCUGUCGGCCGGCGCCACCGCCGCCAUGAAUAAUCGCGGCGCGCAGGGCGAGUGGCUCGGUGCCAAAGGCGCCAAAGUCGCAACGGCCGCGCUUGGCGCCGCGCUGAUGGACGGCUUCAUGGGCGGAGGCGGCGCUGCCAAAAAGGACGAGGGUGGUGGUGGUGGUGGUGGCGGCGGUGGUCGAAAUCGUGGUCGCAGCAGUAGUCGCGAUCGAGGCCGGGAUCAUAGCCAGGAUCGCGGCAAGGAAAGAAGUAGUGGCGGCGGCGGCGGCGGGCGGGCAAAGAGUGAGGGCAGAGGUAGCGAUAUACGGCACAAGCUGAUGCAGUCGGGCAUGGAUUACAUGUUGAGGAAGGCGGCUGCGCCGCGGUAA